AUGGCUCACGAGUACGACACCAGCUAUAGCUACUCGACGCUUCAGGUGGUGCCGGGCACCGAACCUCAGAUCGCCCCGGACCGUUCGCUGCCGCAAGCGAUUCCAGCAAGCCCAGAACCCGAAGAGUAUCACACCGCCGACAAAUAUACCUAUGUCCAUGAAUAUGAUCAGACGAGUGCGACAGCAAUAGCAGCGCCGACCAGUGCGGCGGCGGCCGCUACACCAACCAAGAAGCGUCAAAUAUGCGGCUGGGGUGUAUCGCCCAAGAUUUUCUGGGCCCUCAUCUAUGGCGCUGUAAUACUUGUGCUGGCGGGCGUCGGCGGGGGCAUUGGCGCAGCGAUGUCAAACCACAACUCCAGCGAACGCGCAGCCGCUGAUAGCGCUGGUACUGCUACCACGGGCAGCGCAGCCACCUCGACGCGAAAGGCGACAACACCGGCCCAAACCGCCGUGACGUACGGGUCACGAACGCUUUGGCGCGACUGCCCAGCUGCCAACAUGACGGUAUACACGCCGUCGGACACGGAUCAGCAAUUCCGCAAGCUUUGCAGCAACCUGUUUAUAGGCAUAACGGGCCAAGCGGUCAACGAUCCUUACGAGAGCUUGAAUGACUGCAUCGACGCAUGCGCCGCCUUCAACCAAGACAACGAGUCCGCCAUCAAGAGCGGCAAGAAAAACCCCUGUAGCUCCGUCUGCUGGCGGAAUACAUGGAAUACAGACUACCCGGGCCAGUGUUUUGGGUUUACCAUGGUCAACACGACAGACGGGCAAUUCAACGUCAGCACGAAAUCGAAAGAUCACGAAUGCGACUCUGCGGCGUGGAUCAACAUUGACGUCUGGAACGCGACCGUGGGAUAG